AUGGCAAAUGUGGAUGAUGAAAAGAUAUCAGAGACCAGAAUGGAGACUGUUGAAUCCCAGAAGCCGAUGCUGGAGAACAUCGACGAUGAUCCGGUAUAUUCCUACCAUGAACAGCGCAAGAUUAUUCGCCGCAUCGAUGUGCGUUUGGUUGUGAUGCUUGGAUUUCUUCACACCGUUGCACUCAUCGACCGUGGAAACUUGGGAACUGCCUCGGUGGCUGGGAUGCAAAAGGAGCUCCAUCUCCAUGGCACACAAUAUGGCACAAUUGCAGUCGUGUUCUUUCCACCUUACAUUUGCCUCCAGAUAUUUGGCCCCAUUCUUGCGCGUAAAAUCGGACCGACCCGCUAUCUUUCCGGGCUCUCUGCCGGUUUUGUGCAAAAAUGGACACAGAUGGUCGGAAUCCGCAUCAUCAUUGGAGCGCUCGAGGCAGGCUUCUUCCCGGCUUCGGUAUACCUGAUCUCCACUUGGUACACAAGGUAUGAUAUCCAGAAGCGUUACGCUAUUUUCUACCUGUUGGGGUGCGUGGCUUCGGCCUUUACCGGUAUUCUAUCUUAUGGCAUCACGUUUAUGCACGGCCUCGGUGGCCUCAGUGCUUGGCGAUGGAUUUAUAUUAUCCAAGGGCUUCUCACAUGCGUCGUGGCAACCAUCGGCUACUUCAUCUUAAUCGAUUUCCCAGACCGUAUGAGAACCAGCAAGCGGAAGUUCCUGUCGGGCGACGAGUACGACUUCAUUAUCCGACGCAUCACCAGAGAUCGAGCGGACGUUACUGUUGAGCCAUUCAACAUAAAGAAGUACCUGAGUGCCGGGCUUGACAUUAAUAUCUGGGGAUUUGGAUUAAUAUAUUUCUCGACUACGACGACGGCAUACGCCAUAUCAUAUUUUCUGCCCAUCAUCUACAACGAAGGAAUGGGCUUUUCAAUGGGCGCAUCGCUAUGUCUCUUUGCGCCCCCGUAUGCUGCCGCUGGUAUCCUGAUGUAUGCAACAUCGUGGGUUGGCGACCGAUACCACAUUCGAGGGCCAAUUUUGAUUUUCAAUUCACUACUCACUAUCAUCGGCCUUCCUUUAAUGGGGUUCACAAAGGGCAAUGCAUCACGUCUUGUCGGCGCUUUCUUGACUACAAUGGGAGCCAACUCGAACGUGCCAGCCGCGAUGGCAUAUCAGGCAAAUAACGUUCGUGGUCAAUGGAAACGAGCCAUUUCCACUGCCAUUUUUGUCGGCCUCGGUGCAUCAGGAGGCAUGACAGGAUCGUUGGUUUACCGGUCUCAGGAUGCGCCGACAUAUCAGCCCGGUAUUCUUACAAGUGUUGGGUUAUCGGUGCUGAUUAUCGUGCUAGUAAUCCUGUUAUCUAUCCGAUUCUACAUCUUGAACCGGAGGGUAGCUCGUGGAGAGCUCGUCAUUGCCGAUUUGCCUGGCUUCCAAUACACGUACUGA